UUCACUCAAAUUAGCGUUGUUUUAACCAUCCUGUAGAAGACGAACAUGAUGCCGAACAGAAGUAACCUCUCCUCCUUUCAGAAUGUUGGAUCAGAUUCCAGUAAGAUUAUGGCAGAGUAUAGCCACACACAAAACCAGAUGGAAUUACAAAACGCUAGUUUGGGAAAGGGUUCUGUGGCGAAUUCCCUUGAAAACGGUCUCCAGGAUAUUAUGGAAAACCUCAACCCAAAGAAAUAUUCAUCAAGUCUCAAAUUUAAAACAAACGGGGACUAUGCUGGCUCGUAUUUAACCCUUUCACAACCUAUGCCAGUUAAACCUAAUCCUUCCUCCAGUGUUAAAAAUACACACUCUAUUACCAAAAUUCAAGGAGGCAAGCAGUUCCCCUGUGAAAGCCCAUAUCUUCCAGAUAAAAGCAUCUCUGUAAAGCAUUUGGGUUCCGUAUCGGGCACGUCUCCAUCCCUCAGCGGGUACAGUUUAGGAAGGACAGACUUUGAUAUUCAUGCCAGCAGAGAAAACGAAAAAUCCCUUGGACACAUGGAUAAGUUUCACUACUCCAAGUACAGUCAGAAAAACAAAUCCUACGACAAUGUCUACUUCCCGGGAAUGCUGGAGACAAAGAAGAUCUCGGGCUCUCUUCUGACCAUGUGGAAUGGAAGCUCGGGGAACGAGCUGAUGCUUUCACCUGCUAGCAAUUCGGGGGCAGCCAGCAUGCCUUCUAGCCCAAAGCAAGGCAGGAGGAUGAAUAUUGAAGACAGCCUGGCCCUUCACAUGAAACCAGUUAAGCACAAGGAUGUGAUGAUGGAGGCUCUGGGUUCAAGGCCGAGGAAAUACUCUGGUGGAUCUCUAAGUCAUAUGGGAAUGUACAGUCGUUCCCUACCCAGACUUUAUAAAUCAACAGAAAGCCAGCUGGUGCCAUUAAGUUUGCCCCCCAGAAGCUCUCUGGGUAAUACUAAAAGGAAAAAGCUUGGAGAAAAAGAUCUACCUCAGAAUGCUUUAGAUGCUGAUAAUUACCUGAAUUUUUCUUCUUGCAGCUCAGGGGUUUCACCACAUGCAAACUCUGUCUCUGGGAACAAUCCCUACGUCAGUUCAACUCUUAGUGUUCCUGCAAGCCCUCGAAUUGCUAAAAAAAUGCUUUUAGCACCUUCUUCCCCAUAUCUUUCUGAUGAUUUUGAUAGACUUGGACUCUCAGGAACAAGUCCCAGUAGUUCUUUCUCCCCGGUGGAUUUUGACAGGUCGUUCUCUGUCCGAAGAAACCUUUCCACCAGUUCCGUGGAACUUGACGACACAGAUCUAGAAAGUUACAGACAGACGCCAAACUCACUGCAAACGUCCAUGCGAGAGCGGAAGAACAGCAUUAGCUCCAUUUCUGGAAGAGAAGACCUCAUGGACUAUCACAGGAGGCAGAGGGAAGAGCGGCUUCGGGAGCAGGAGAUGGAACGGCUGGAACGACAGCGGCUGGAGACAAUCCUCAAUCUGUGUGCAGAAUACUCCAAAUCUGACAGCGAUCCUGCCGCAGCUACAACAGUUGCUGAUGUUCAAAAAAUUAACAAAGAACUCGAAAAACUUCAGCUCUCCGAUGAGGAUUCAGUCUUCGAAGACUCCCAGACGAAUCUGGAAACGAGGUUCAGAAGCCACUUGAAAUCAUCUGCAAGCGAUUCGGACUUCUCGGAGCUGAGCAGCCACAGUCGCGGCACUGCUGCCUUCCUCCCCUCUAGAGGGUUGAGAGCCGAUGAGCACUUCACCGAAAGCGCGAAGCCUCCACCUUUCGCUGCUCCCGGCUUCCUGAAGGAUGCCGCCGAAUCAUCUUACCUAAGCAUCACACCAAAGAUGCCAGAAUGCACAAGUGAUGAGCAAAGAGGGCAGGAGCUUGGUCGACUGGAGGAGGAGCGUAUAGUAAUACUAAAUAACUUGGAAGAACUUGAGCAGAAGAUCAAAGAUUUAAAUGACCAGAUGGAUGAAUCCUCGAGAGAGUUGGAUAUGGAAUGUGCCCUUUUGGAUGGGGAACAGAAAUCUGAAACAACAGAGCUGCUGAAAGAGAAGGAAAUAUUGGAUCAUCUAAACAGAAAAAUAGCUGAGCUGGAGAGAAAUGUUAUUGGUGAAAAGACAAAGGAAAAAUUAAAACUUGAUGCUGAGAGGGAAAAACUAGAGAGGCUUCAGGAGCUUUACUCCGAGCAGAAGACGCAGCUUGAUAAUUGCCCUGAGUCCAUGAGGGAACAAUUACAGCAGCAGCUGAAGAGGGAUGCUGAUCUAUUGGACAUAGAAAGCAAACACUUUGAAGACCUGGAAUUUCAGCAGCUUGAACACGAAAGCAGGUUAGAUGAAGAGAAAGAAAAUCUGACACAACAGCUCCUGCGUGAAGUAGCUGAAUAUCAACGUAGCAUUGUCAGUAGAAAGGAAAAGAUAUCUGCUCUCAAAAAACAAGCCAAUCAUAUUGUCCAACAAGCACAAAGAGAACAAGAUCAUUUUGUAAAAGAAAAAAACAACUUAAUAAUGAUGCUGCAAAGGGAAAAAGAGAAUCUCUGUAAUCUGGAAAAGAAAUAUUCCACGCUUUCCGGAGGAAAGGGGUUUCCUGUCAGUCCCAACAGUCUAAAAGAGGGCUAUAUCAGUGUAAGUGAAAUUAGUGAGCUGUAUGGCAAUUCCACGAAUAUAUCCCCUUCCACUCAGCCCCCCACAGAUGCUGAAGCAGUUGCCACUGAGCCUUCCACGGCUGUGCUGACCAGCCAGCCACAAAAUAAAGAGCAUUUCAGAAAUCUGGAAGAGCGAAAGAAGCAGCACAGGGAAUGCAUGUACAUGAGUGACACUUUACCUCGCAAGAAAACGACUCCGUCUGUAUCGCCGCACUUCAAUAGUGCUACGCUUGGACGAAGCGUGGCGUCUAAAGGACAUUUACCAUUAGGACAGAGCAACAGCUGUGGCAGCGUACUUCCUCACUGCCUGGCAACCAUGACCAAAGACUCAGAGUCAAGAAGGAUGCACAAAGGAUAUAAUCAUCAACGUAUCUGUGAAACCCAAAGGCAGAAGUCUCCUGAAUUCUACAGCAGAACAGCAUCCGAAUCGAAUGUGUAUUUGAAUAGUUUCCAUUACCCAGAUCGUAGUUACAAGGACCAUGCCUUUGAUACACUAAGCUUAGACAGUUCUGACAGUAUGGAGACAAGCAUAUCAGCAUGCUCACCAGAUAACAUUUCCAGUGCUAGCACUUCAAAUGUUGCAAGAAUAGAAGAGAUGGAGAGACUUCUGAAACAAGCACAUGCUGAAAAGACUAGGCUGCUUGAGACCAGGGAACGGGAGAUGGAAGCUAAAAAACGAGCUCUGGAAGAAGAAAAGCGCCGCAGAGAGCAACUGGAGAAAAGACUGGAAGAAGAAACUAGCCAGAGGCAAAAAUUAAUUGAAAAGGAAGUCAAAAUACGUGAGAAACAAAGAGCACAGGCCCGUCCCUUGACUCGCUAUUUGCCCAUUAGAAAGGAAGACUUUGACCUACGAAGUCACAUCGAAACAGCCGGUCACAACAUAGAGACCUGUUACCAUGUCUCCCUCACAGAGAAGACCUGCCGAGGCUUUCUGAUUAAAAUGGGAGGAAAAAUUAAAACGUGGAAAAAACGAUGGUUUGUUUUUGACAGAAACAAGAGAACUUUUACUUAUUAUGCAGACAAACACGAAACUAAAUUAAAAGGUGUAAUAUAUUUUCAAGCUAUUGAAGAAGUCUAUUAUGAUCAUCUAAAGAAUGCAUAUAAGAGUCCCAACCCGUUGCUCACUUUCAGUGUUAAGACACAUGACCGGAUAUACUAUAUGGUUGCUCCUUCGCCAGAAGCCAUGAGGAUAUGGAUGGAUGUUAUCGUUACAGGCGCAGAAGGCUACACCCACUUCAUGUUAUAAUAAAAGGGGGCAAUAGGGCAUACUGCAAUAACGUAAUGUAUGAAGUUAGCCAUAUGUAGUGAAAUCCGAAAAGCCAGUGAAUACUCUGAAAUGUCCUCCUUAUGAUGUGCACCCGAAACCUCAGAAUGAGACGGUUUUACAAAUGCAUUGAAAAGGGGGGCUUGUUACUUGUUUUAGUCGAUCUUUAUAGGAAUGAAAGAGCUAAAGCUGUUGAGAGAAUCAUAGUGCUCCAAAACGGAUAAUCGGGCAAUUUAAAUUACAGCAUCUUGAUUCAAUGAUAAUUUUCUACAAAUUCUCUUAUAUGGAGAAUGUCUUCACAAACUCACACUAAGCAGUUUACAAAUGUGUGUGUUCUCAUCAGUAUGCAAAAAUUUUAGUAAUGGAACAAAAAGGUGUAAUAAGCAUAUAUUUUAAUAUGCAGCAUUUGACAUUUAUAGAUGAUUAGGUGACUUUUUAAAACUUUUAGUCGUGUAUUUUAUAAAAACAUAAACAAAAAAGCAACCCUAAGGUACACACAGUUCUUGCCUUAGUAGUUAAGUAUUACAACAGAGCCAAAGAGUUAUACAAUUCCCUUAUCAUAAUGUUUUAAAAUUGUUAGUUGUACCUAACUUUCUGUAAGGGGACAGUGCCAAAACUCUUUAUGACUUUUAAUGUAAUUAAAUUGUGACGAUAUUCUGUGUGUUCAAACACGCAGUGACACCAACUGUAUGUUUAAAGUCUGCAUCUAUGGAGCUCAACAGAAAAAGAGAAGGAUAGCUUUAUAAAGAUACAUUUUUCCACAAGGAUAUGAAACGGAAACACAUGUAUUAACUUCCUCAUAAGGAGGGGUUUUUUUAAUCUUCCCUGCUGAAUAGAAUGAGCUGAUUCUAGACCCUACAGCAAUUUUCUUUUAUAUAGUAAGGUCCCAGCAUAGUUCUAACCUUACUUUGUGCCAAGUGAACACUCUAGUGAAACCUCUCAAACAUUGGUCCCCUUGAAGCCAGCAUCAAAAUCUCUACCAAAUUCUUUGGAGCCAAGUUUUCAGCCCCGGAGAGGUGGGGUUUUUUUAAAUGCAUAUCUGCACAGAAUAAUGCUGUCAAAUAGAAUAAAAAGAGAGAAGUGAGUUCUAAGAGUUUACAAUAAGCAGUGUAUGAAUAAAAAACCCUGAAAAUUUUAAGUAGCAGAGAUUGAGAUUCCUAAAACAAAAAUACUGAGGGUGCAGUGGUCUCCCACUUUCGAAUCCCUUCCAAGUCCUUCAGUAAUAUUGCAAAAACAUAAAUUGUUUAAUUGAACUGAACUUCAAGAAAGUCUCUCAUAAUAUGACUUUAAAGAGGUUCUAUUUCAGUAAUCAAAAUUUAUGUGCUAUGUGGUUUGUGUAAUAGAAGGAAGCACAUUAGCCUUUUUUUUUCCUUGAUGAAAAGUUAAUGGGUUUGAUGGAACAAACAAAAAACGGAAAGCAGAAUAGAAGUAUGCUGGCAGAAUAUUUUUGUUACACUUUUUAGACCCUUGUAUUUGUAAUGAACAGGUUGAAUUUUUUGUGGUAUACACAGGUGAUACGGUUGCUUUAGCACGACGAACAUCAGUUUUGACUUGAAUCAUGAAAGAAGGGACUGUUACUGCAAGAUAAUUGUUAUCAUCUGUGCAGAUCACAGCUUGUAAUCUAAUGAUUUAAAAAACUAUCAGAAAUAAAUUGCUUUGGUUUAUAUAAUUAUUAUUUUUCCCUGCUGUAUCUUGAUUUUACUCCUAAGUAUGGUUAUAAAGGUUUUCUAAUAAUGAUUUUUGUACCCUGCAUGAUGCAAUGAAGGCAUUUCAAUAAACGUUUUUAAAAAUA